AUGCCCGCACGAAACACCAGCUUUAACAUCAACACCAACAGCAAUGACACCCUCCCCGAUAAUGCCAUCAACGCUGCUGUGGUGCUAGUCAAAGUAAAUGCGACAAUUCAGAAUGUAACUCUGAGCUACAGCAAGUUAAAUCAGUCCCUGUCACUACAUCCUCAGUGCGUCUUCUGGAACUUCACACUCUUAAAUAAUCUGGGUGCCUGGGAUGAUGAGGGGUGUGAGUUUAUUUCUGAAAUAAACAACACUGUAACCUGCAGAUGCAACCAUCUCACCUCCUUUUCAAUUCUGAUGGCAACAGACAUCCCUCGAGCAGUGAGAGAAGCCUUGGAAAUAAUCACUUAUGUUGGAGUUGGGAUUUCUCUGGCAAGUUUAGUUAUAUGUCUCAUUAUUGAAGGAUACGUUUGGAAAGCCAUUACUAGAAAUAGCACUGCCUUCAUGCGUCAUGUUUCCAUCAUUAACACUGCCCUGUCUCUGUUGAUCGCUGACAUCUGUUUUAUCAUUGGUGCCUCUAUUUCCAAGAACCUAGAGGAGGACUAUAAAGCUUCAGUUGAUCCUUGCAGCACAAUAAAAAAUUUUAUGCACUUUUUCUACCUUGCUGUGUUCUUUUGGAUGCUUGUCUCAGGCCUUCUGCUCUUUUACCGGACGGUCAUGGUCUUCUCCCACAUGUCCAAGUCAACCAUUUUAGCGAUAGGCUUCAUAUUGGGCUACGGGGCCCCUCUGAUCAUUGCUGUUAUUACUGUUGCUGUCACAGCACCACAAGAUGGAUACAUCAGCAAAAACAAUGUCUGUUGGCUCAACUGGUCUCCGACAAAAGCCCUGCUGGCCAUGGUGAUACCUGCAUUAACUAUAGUUUUCAUCAACAUAAUAAUCGUAAUCGUGGUAUUGUUCAAAAUGCUGAGAAGAGGUGUGGGAGAUGUCGUCCAAAACGAUGAAAAGCACACGCUGGUGGUCAUAUUAAGGUGUGUGGUUAUUUUGACACCUUUAUUUGGACUGACCUGGUCUUUAGGAGUGGGAACCAUUGUAACAUCAAACAACAACGGAAUCCAUAUUACCUUUGCACUCUUCAAUUCACUACAGGGUUUCUUCAUUUUAGUGUUUGGGACACUAUUUGAUUCAAAGAUCCGUUCUAUCCUCUCAAGGAAAUUCCCUACAACAAGCACAACCUCUAAUACAACAAGAGUACCGAGUACAAGUGGUGGCAUUUCCUCUCUCAGUGGACUAAACUGGAUACGUCGAUUGCGUAGAAAUAUCUACCGUGUGUCAGAAGCUACAAACUCAAGAAGCACUGGUGCAUCGGAGUCAUUCACCAAUAUCUGAAUCAACGCAUCAAACUGUAUAUAUACAAUGUUUUUCAUUAGGCCUACCGAUUCAAAAGAUCUGCCAGAUAUUAUAAGAUUUUUCAGUACAUAAUUAGAAACUUAAAAGUAUACAGUUCACUGGGAUGAUAUUGUAAAAUCCGGUGCAACAAACAUGAAAGACAGCAUGGUCAUUUUAUCGUUCCCAUUUCUUUAACAAGAAGCCUUCAUAAAGCAAGUGUGACAUAUCUGAAAUGUAAAGUUGAGUGACACAAAAUUGUAAAUAAAACUGCUAUUAUAUAUUA